GAAAAAAAAAGAAUUCGCCCUCUUUUUGCCCCCUGCAACAUUAUGCACCCUUUCUAUCGGGGACGUCGAUGGAAAAAUAAUAUUCUCGCGCGCAUGUGCUUUUUUAUUUCUGGCUGCUCGGAUAACAUAGUUGUCCCUGGUGAACACUAACGACGGCCGCUGCAGCCAUUAUUAAAGAAUUGAUGCGCGCCAAACUUCGAGUUCUAAAACUACAUGAGUUUCGCUGGUGUGAACUUCGCAAAGUACCAGCGGAAUUUUAGUUCGGCGGCCAUUUUAAUUUUUGCAACGAGGCGCGAUGAUUUGGCAGUGAUUGAUGUUCAGAGGCUGAGUAAAAUAUCUUCAACCCGUGUUGAUGUGAAAUAAUGGCCUGACCACCAGAUGAGUCUCGUGGAUCUCAUUUGAAGCUUAUUUUGUUGAUAUAUCAAGGUGUGAAACCUGUAGACGGAAUGGAAGAGCGUGACUAUCUCGAAACUGUUAUGUGCAUGGCCCCCUACUGACACUCUAAAACCCGGAGCUGGGGAAGGUGCUGCACCAGCACGCAUGAAUAGGUCUUAGGGUACGAGCGAUUGUCUGUGAGGGAGUACCCGAACUCAGAGUUGAAGGAAAAAGUCUCUUCUUCGUCUGUUGUUUCUACCGCUAUCCUGCGCCUUUAAGGUAAUAUACUUUAGGACGCAUCAAUAAACUUGGGCGCUUUGAUGUAUGAAGCGACGGCAACUGGUGUCUGCAACAUUAUUACAGAAAUGAACAGCAUUGGAGGAGGUUCAUUUCGCGCUCUUGCGGCUUCCCUUUUGAUUGGAAUCGCCUUGAGUGCCCUAGGCGAUGCCGCAGCGACUUGCCCGCGAGGAUGGUGCGGUAUGGUGGGUGUUGCGCUGGUUGGUUUCAACCACAGCGUGUGUCGCACCGACACCCAGGGGCUCUGCCACGGGGCGUGCACGGCCGAGCCACGGUGCCGCUCCGUCAACUACGAGCUGAAGACCGGGAUGUGCCAUCUCGUCUAUAACGCCUCUCACCACAGCGACCCCGAUCGUCUGGCCCUGAGACGAGGCUGGUUCUACUCCUACAUCGACGUAGAGCCAAGGGACGAAUUUGUCACUGCUCAGAAUCAAGAACCUCCCUGCUUGGAAAACUACCCCAACGACGUUCCUGAUAUCAUCAGAACCAUUGAGACAUUCCCCAGCAAUGACUUGUCUCUGGCCAGGCGCGCCUGUUCGCAGUAUGCCAUGCAGCUCUGCACGUUAGCCCAGCUGAAAGCAGCUUACCGAGCAGGCCGCGCCGAUGAUUCUUGGGCCCUGAUCGACGUUAAAGGCAGAGAUGCCAAGUUGACACCGUGUGGUUCAUACUACGGUGCCCCAGGAGAGUGUUACUACAUCGUGGAAGGAAGACCGGACGAGAGUCUCAUACCCACCACACCUCGGCCUGCUGUCACCAAUAAGGCCUACUGCUGCUCAACCAACCACACGUGCUCGGACUCGCAUGCGUUGCAAUGGCAACUCGUGUUCAAGGGACUGGGAGGCCAGCAGAAGUCCAACCGUAGCCUGUAUGAGAUAUGGACCGACCGUCAGUGGGACUCCACCCUGGUAAAUGAAGGCAAUUACCGGGACCAGACCAUCUACGAUGCUUGGAACCACACCAGCAGCCAGCUAAAGUUGGUGAAACUUUCCCUGUUCAACACUGACGAAGCGCAACCCGCAGCUCAGUUGAUCUUCAGUGGGGUACAUUCCAACAUCACCAACUGGUUCAGCAUAGACCGUCUUAUGGGGUCUCCUUGGUUGGAUCUUAAAACAGAUACCGUUGGUUUCAUGGCUAUGGAAGGCAGCCAAUCCUGGCCUGGACGACACUUCCUCAUCAACGGGGCUACUGUGGAAUGCGUAGGUGAUAUGGGAUGGCUUUUCAUUGUUGGUUCAAAGUCAACCUGUUCCUGGGUAGACCCGUUCACCAUCAUGUACAGCACCACGAAAUAUGCUGCGACAUGGAGUGGCAUUUCAGGUGGAGGUGUUGGCGUGGCGGACUACAUGACUAUCCACGUAUUAUGGAGUAAGCAGAGUGGUCAAUGAGAAGUUCCAAUAAUUGUGUCCAAUACUACAUCGUGUGGGCAAGGAACCUUCUUCGAUGUUGCAACCCUACAAAACAAAACCGCGAAUUCCGGCUUGGAUAAGUGUGAUACUCGUGCGAAAAAAAGUGUGCGAUGUCAUAUAAAAAUAAUUCUAGCGGCUUGUUUCGCUCUAAUUAGCAUAAUGAGUAUAGUUUUCCUAUAUAUGACUUGAAGCUUUGCAUGGCGGAUGAGAUAAAUUAUAAAGUUUGCGGGUAACACCAUGUGGAAAGAU